GCAUUUUUCUUUUUUUAUUCUGCGGAACAAAUUUAUUGCGGACGGGUGUUCGCCCAUACUGGUUCCGGGUUUCAACAGCCUGGUGGCUAACGGUAGCUGAAACACAAUCUCCUCCACACGUUAAGCUACAUAGUGGAUUAAAGAAAUCCCGGAACAGGAUGGAUGGUGAGGAGAGAACCUAUGGUGGCUGCGAAGGGCCAGAUGCCAUGUAUGUGAAGCUGAUCUCUUCAGAUGGACACGAGUUCAUUGUGAAAAGAGAACAUGCCUUGACAUCUGGGACUAUCAAAGCCAUGUUAAGUGGACCAGGGCAGUUUGCUGAGAAUGAAACCAAUGAAGUGAACUUCAGAGAGAUUCCAUCUCAUGUCCUCUCCAAGGUCUGCAUGUAUUUCACCUACAAGGUCCGUUACACCAACAGCUCCACGGAAAUACCUGAAUUCCCCAUCGCACCAGAGAUUGCACUGGAACUGCUCAUGGCUGCCAACUUUUUGGAUUGCUAAAGUUACAAAGAUAAUGGAAAAGCUUAAGAUUUUUUUUUUUUUGAAUAUUUAACUUUUGUUAUUGACUUCAUUAGAAAAAAAAUUAAUGUUUUUUUUUUCUUGUUUUGCUGUUAUUUCAUUAGUAUUAAAAAUGACAUUUUAAUGUGUUAAAUGUACAUGUCAGAAUGUGACAUAUGCGCUCCCCUCCUCAGAAAUCUCUCCUCACCUCACCAUCCAAAUAAAGACUUAUUUGGUGUGCA